AUGGGGAGGUCUCCUUGUUGUGAUGAGAAUGGCCUCAAGAAGGGCCCCUGGACUCCUGAAGAAGAUGAGAAGCUCAUGGGCUACAUUCAGAAACAUGGCCAUGGAAGCUGGAGAGUCUUACCUAAACUUGCUGGCCUGAACAGAUGUGGUAAGAGCUGCAGGUUAAGAUGGACCAACUAUCUGAAACCAGACAUCAAGAGAGGGAGUUUCUCACGUGAGGAAGAACAAACCAUCCUCCAGCUACACUCCAUCCUUGGCAACAAGUGGUCAGCUAUUGCAAAGCAUCUCCCUGGUCGUACAGAUAACGAGAUCAAGAAUUUCUGGAACACCCACCUCAGGAAGAAACUCAUCAAGAUGGGCAUUGAUCCAAUGACCCACCGCCCAAGAACCGACCUCAUUCAAUCCCUCCCACAGCUCAUUGCACUUGCCAGCCUCCGCCAGAUCAUCGAGCAACGACCAUGGGAUGGCCAUAUUGAGGGGUUGCAGACUGUGGCAGUUCAGGCUGCCAAGCUCGAAUACAUGCAAUCACUUCUACAUUCUGCAGUAUCCAUUGUGACCAGCCCCACGAACAGCAGCAACCGCCUAAACACCUGCACCACCGAACUGGAGCAGACCAACCUCCUGAGCCCUCCACAAGUGCCUUCUUCAAGUGUCCAUGAAUUAGCUGGGCAGGUGCCUCACAGCCACAUGCCUAGCACUUCAUUUGACCAGCAAAUUGGCAAAACCAACCUGUUCUCAAAUAACAUCAUGAAUGGCAAUGAGUGGUGCAGCAUCGAGGCAGAGAACAGUAGCCAGAAAAGCUUGUUGGUCCCUGAAAACUCACUCCCACCACUCACUGACAUGCCGGUGCCCAACUUUUGUAAUACUAUCAGCACACCAAACUGUGAUGGCAGCAAUAGUAUUCUAUUGCCCAGUUGGUCUGAAAUCCUACUUGAUGAAGAACUCAUGGAUGAGUUUGCCUGAAUUGUCCACUACCUUCUGUUUGCCUUUCUUUUCCUUCUCUUUCCACUUUU